GAAGGCGUCGGUGUCGGCAGACGCCUCUGCAGCUGUCAGGUCGAGGAGAAAGCGAAUUCGGGGGGAACGUCUUAUUCCAGCCAGUCCCUUGAGCAGAGACGGAAGACCCACCCUGCCCGCACCACACUCCAAACGCCCAAAUCCGACUGCCGGAGACCCUGCAGGACAGGGUAGAGCUGCCCCUGUGGGUUUGCGGUGCUGUGACCCUCAACGGGAGCUGACUACCGCAGCUUGCUCCCCGGGAGCUGCUGGAGAGUUCGAACCGCGCCACCCGAGCGCCGCGCCCGCAGGCCGGGAGCUGACAGUGGGGUCAUCUGAGGUGACCCCCAACCCUCCAGCCCUUUUCCAAACGCCUCUCUCAAUGGAGUUCCCUGACCUGGGGAAACACUGCUCAGAAGAAACCUGCAAGCAGCUCGAUUUUCUUCCUUUGAGGUGUGGUGCCUGCAACCAGGAUUUCUGUAAGGACCAUUUUAUAUUUGCGGCACACAGAUGUCCCCUGGCGUCCAUAAAGGAUGUCCAGGUCCCGGAGUGCCCCCUCUGUCACAGGCCCAUCCCGGUGAGGAAGGGCGAGCUGCCUGACGACGUGGUCUGGGAGCACAUGGACCGAGGCUGCAGGUCUUACCCCGGGAGUCGCAAGAAAAUCUUCAAGCACCGCUGCUCGCAGGACGGCUGCCAGAGACGAGAAAUGCUGCCGGUGGUCUGUGACAGGUGUCGGAGCAACUUCUGCCUCCGGCAUAGACACCCCCUGGACCAUGACUGCCAGCCGGGAGGCCACCCUUCCAGCAGAGCUGGGGUCUCUACUCCAGUACCCACCCAAGCCCAUGAGAGUGCCGGGCACGCUCUUCCCCAGCAGCUGGCGCAGCAGCUCAGGUACUGCCUACUGCCGGGCACAGGAGGGCAGCAGAGUGGCCUCUCGUUUCAUCACCAGGACAUUGUGGGUGGAGGGCUGGGGUUUCUAGCCAUGCCGGGGUAGCCCC